UCCCAUCUUCUUACAUUUGGUUUUCAAACUUCAAUCUCUAAAAUUUUGGCGCCUCAUUUCUUCUUCAUUUCUUUCAAUUCCCUCUCCCCUCCCGACCACCACUACUCCCUCCGCCGUCACCACCACGGUCGCCGCCAGCAGAAGUAAAAAUCGUACAAAAAUCAACGAAUUCAUUAGUUAAUUAUACUUCAAUCUACCGAUAAAAUGGUUCUUUCCCGCAAACGGCACCACAAUUCGAACAAUUCCUUCGUUCCACCUUACGCCCAACCCCCAAAUUCCAAAGUCCCCAAAUCAACCGCCGCCGCCGUCGCCUCCAACGUUCGCCGGCAAACAGUCAAUGACAGCGUUUCAUCGUCUUCUUCAGUUGUUGUUAAGUUUGUUUCUGUUCUUGCCGACGCUGGUUGCACUUUAAUUAACCCAACCGGUCCUCCUUGUCUCCCCUCUGACCUUCUCAAGCUCCGCCUCCACCUUCAACGCCGCUUUUCUGAUGACUCUGCUCUUCGUGCUGAUUUUCUGAGUGGUCUCUCUUCUUACAUCAAUGUUUCAUCUGAUAAUCUUCGCCGGGUUUUAUUGCCUUCACAUUGUGAAAGCAACGGCUCUCUGAAAAGUGAAAGCCUAAUGCGAGUAUUAUUGCUGGUUGAAGCGAUCCAAUUACAUGUUCAAAAUAUAUUGCUUGAGAAACUUCCUGAAUAUUUUGACCUGGGCUUUCAUGAUCGUACCUCUGGAACAUCAUCCUUGCGUCUUGAUGAGGAUAUAGCUCGGUUGAUCCUCAACCAGUUCCGUUGGCUUGACUUUCUUGUGGAUUCUCAGGCAUUUACUGAAAAACUGUUGCAAGUUUUAUCCAUUUGUCCCCUUCACUUGAAGAAAGAGAUUAUUGGGUCUUUGCCUGAGGUUAUUGGGGUUCAGCAUAACAAAGUUGUGGUUGAUUCACUUCAGCAGAUGCUCCAUGAAGAUUCUUCUAUCAUUGUUCCUGUGCUUGAUACUUUCUCCAACAUCAACUUAGAUGAUUUAUUGCAAGAUCAGGUGACUGCAGUAGCAUUGUCUUGCAUUCGCACGGUUGAGGUGGAAGAUAUGCCUUACCUUCUCAGAUUCUUAUUACUAUCUGCUACACCAAAGAAUGCUCGGCGAAUAAUAUCAAAGAUUCGGGAACAGCUAAAAUUUCUUGGUUUGUCAACUGUUAUGGCUACGCAGCACAGUAAACUCAAAGGGAAAGUUGUUGGAAAUAAUGCAGAUGCUUUAGUUCUUGAUGCAUUGAAAUCAAGUAUUAGAUUUAAAAAUAUGCUUUGCGAGGAGAUUUUGAAAGUACUGCAAAGCGUUGAGAAAGUGCAGGAUCAUAAGAUGAUUGACAUGUGGUUUUAUGUACUCGUAUAUAUGAAUUGUGAGGCAUUGCAGAAAAGUGUUCUGAAGUUACUUAAGAAAAAAAUCAUUGAAGGUUGUAUUGAAGAAGCUAUGUUUUAUCAGUGCAUACAUGGGAAUAAGGAUUUGGUGCAGGAUUAUCUCCCCAUUUUUCUGUCUAUAUCUGAGUACUUAACAUCAUGCAAAGAAAAGACACUGAGGGAGUUCAGCAAUCACAUGUAUACAUGUUUGUUUGAGGAGCUUCAUGAUACUUAUUCAAGACAGGAAAUUUUAGGAGCUUUAGCGUCCCAUGUAGGCUCUGGGAUCAGUCUUGAAGUGAAUACUGCUUUGGAAGCCAUGCUUAAGCUGACCUCCAAGCAUCCGGAGGAAUUGGUUCAGCUUGCUUCUCACCUAACUGGUAUCUUGGAUUACUUGGAGAGCUUCAAUACUGAAAGCCUGCACAAGGUCUAUGAAGUUUUCAGUCUUCUUGCUCUUUCAGCUCAAUCUUGUUCAGAUUCAUGUGGAUCUUCUAUCAAGAACGAACUUCUAAUGAUCAUAAGAAAGCAGGUGAACCAUGUUGAUCUUUCUUACAAAAGAAUGGGUCUUAUUGGAACAUUGAAGGUAGUUUCGCUUCUGGGGGAUGGAACUAGUUCUUCUCCAUCUCAGAAGUCAAAUUAUGAGGAAGCUCUUGAACUCUUGGAAACAUCUUUUGAAUCAUGCAAGCAGUUGCCCUUACCACUGAUCUUAUUUUAUGAAGAAUUGGCUGCUACCAUGCAAAACAGGAUGCUUCAUCCAGCAAUCAUAGAAUGGAUAGGCAAACAUGUAGGAGAGUUUGAAUCGAAAUUUUUAUCUGAUCUAGAUGGUGGUGAAUUACCUUCCAAAGGCUCGUAUUGUGGUUUGGAUUUUAAAGGCAAGGGAAAGGAGUGCUGGGUCAUGAUGCUUCUGGCAGUUCCAAGACAAUAUAUGGAAAAGAAGAUCAACUGGUUUAUGUCCCCAUCUCCAUUACAGAUUCUUCCUGCUUACUUUGUCUUACUUUCUGCAAUUGAGAGUCUGGUAAACCAAGGAUCUCUUGGAGGCAUUGACGCACUUUUGGGUUGCCCUUUACAUCUUCCAUCUUCUAAGUAUCUUUCCGACUCCAUGUGGCAGUCGUUGAGUGGGAAGCAAAAGCAGACUAUCAUUCUCUGUCUUUAUUAUGCUGCUAAUUGGAUACGGGAACUCCUCAAUGCAUUUUGUUCUCAAGUUACUGAAAAUUUUGACUCCAUAAGUCAAGCAACAAAGGAGGAGAUUACUCUUAAGCUAUUGAAACGCUUAAGAAACCUUAUAUUCCUGGAGAGUUUGAUAAAUGAGUCUCUCAAACAGUAUCCCCUAUGCUUGCCAGAGCUCUACCCUCGUAUGGAGACCCUAUCUUCAAGCCAAUAUCAAAUGGGAGAUUUGGAAAAGAAAAGUGAGCUUAUUCAAGAAAAUAGAAGUGUCUCUCAGAAAAGCAAGAGAAAUAUCAGAAAAACGUCAAAAGUAUCAAAGUCUUCAACUGUGGAUGAUAAACUGAAGCAGCCAACAAUCAUCGAAAUGCUGAAAAAUGCCGGCAGCAUAACAAGCCAAGAAAUACUGAAUGAGGAUUCCUCUGGUAAGAUGCCAAAGGGCAGUAUGUGCGAGGAUGGCAAAAAGGAUGCACCUGAUUCCGUUAUCAUACGAACUGUAGAAAUUUUUGAAGCUGUGAAGAAGGUAGAAGCACAAAAACACAAAUUCAGGCCUAUUCGAGUUCAUUGCUAUUCCAUCUUAGCAUUUAAAAAGAAUCAAGAACUUUGCUGCAGUGAUCCUUCUGCUGAGUUACCUCUUCACCUGUAUCUGUUAAGAGAACUUAACCAAAAGCUGGACUACUUUAGUCCUCUGAGCAAACAAAUUUCUCUUCAAUGGAUGAGUCUACACCCUGGUUUCAGUGAGAUGAAAGGAGCUGAAUUCUUACACCAGCUUCGUCCACUAUUUCCAUUUUUUAAAGGAAAUCUGGAUUGUGCCAUUAGUGGUCUUAAAGAAGUUGCAGGGGAUGAAGUUUGUCAAUAUCAUUGGAAAGAUUAUUCGACUUUGGCAGGAAACCCAAGCAUAGUUAAAAUGGUUGUUUCCAAAUCAUUGGUUCACGGCUUUGUCUUUGUUGAGACACUCUGUUGCUUUGGCAAGAUACUAAAUCUUACAAAUAUUCUGAAUGAUAAAACUGCUCUUUCAGACCUUCUUGAAGCAUUCCAGUCAAUUAACAUACCAGACUCUUUCUUUCAAGGCAUGCAACUCAUUCCUGCAACAGGAAGUAUAGAUUACCUAUACUGUGGUACAUAUUAUUUCCUGGAAGGGGUCUUUGAUGCAGCAAGGACCAUCUCAUAUAAGCUGGCUUCAGAAGUGGUUGUGGCCUUGGAGUCUGUAACUAUUUCCAUCCAAAAGUUCCUCGAUAAAUCUGUAAGUGGGAGUGCAAAAGGAAUUGACCCUGGAUCUACUAAAGAACUCCUUAUUUUCCUGAGAAACAGAUUGGGAGCUUCUGCACAGAAACUUUUGUUUCAGAAGCGUGAUGAUAUAAUCGACAAAAGUUCAGGACAAAUAGUUCAGAAGGUACUCCACAUUUAUUUGGAAAAUUGUCAAUCUACUUCUGAUUCACUAAAUGAGUUGGCUUGCUCUAUCUUGCCUCAGGUAACUUCACAAAGAACUGCAGUUGAAGAUGAUCAGGAGUUGCCUACUCUCUCUCCUUCAACUUUUGUUUCUUGGUACCGAGUCAUGCAUGAAGAGAACCUGGCUGUAAUAAAUAAGUUGAUUAAGGAGGUUGCCUGGUUAGAGAAGCCUCGAACUGCUGCUAAAGUUGAAAAUGUAGAAAAACUCCUGGACAGACUACAACAGUCUGUAAAUGUGGUUGUAUCUUUAGUUAAUAUGUGCAGGACCCAUGAUAAGGUUAGCGUGCAUGGAAUGGCUGUCAAGUAUGGAGGAAAGUUUGUAGAUUCAUUCCUAAAAGUUUUUGGCUUUCUUCAGGCCCAGUUUCAAAUGCACAAUGAGCAGAUAAUUAGCAUGGUUAAGGAGCUCCAGAAAGCAACAAGAACCAUACAGACAUUGUGCUCUGAAGCAAAGGUGUCAAAACAAACAGCUAUCACCAGUAAAAUUCCUGCUACAAAGAGAUCAAUGGAGAGGUUCUUAUUUCAUGUGAAGGCUCUUCUUCACGCUACAAGUGAAUGCACUUUUUGGAUGGGCAAUCUUAAGCAUAAAAAUUUGAUGGGACAUGUUGUCAGCUCGCAAGCAUACGUGGAUGAUCAAAACGAAAAUAUUCAAACAAAAGCCAGUGAAGUGAAUGUUGCGGAUGAACCAAUGAACGUUGCUUGUGAAUGAACAUGAAAGGAGCAUAAUGGAGGAAAGGCAGAGAGGAGUUAGUUCAAAAGAUUUUUUUCCUCGCUUUGAAUAAAUAAUGAAGCAACCCAUGGUUUUUUACCCAUUCAUCUCAGCGAGUGUUUUUCCAUACCGGUGAACAUUCAUGAUGUUGCAAGUAUAGUUAAUUGUGCAAGUCCUGCCCAAGUAAUGAGCAGGCAACACAGACAUGAAAUGAUCAGCCACAGAUGGAAAACCUUUGAGUAAAUGCAUUGUUGAUGGAUAGCUGUAUAUUCUAUACUGAAGUUACAUACAAACUUUUGAGUAAAUGCAUUGUUGAUGGAAAACCUAAAUGAUGAGAUUUUCAAGUUUUGCCCC